CGAAAUCGUCAGCAUCAAGAAAUUAAACAGAGAGCUUCUUCAAAUAUUAUUGUGACUAAAUCUACUGAAUCAACUGUUAAUGAAUUUCCUACAUUUAGUAAUAUUGACAAAAUGAGUUGUACUAUUAGCACUCAGAUUGUACAGAAAUCAAAACAGAACAACCUAGUACAGUGGAACAAAGGGUUUAUAUGUACUCACAUUACAAAAACACUUAUACUGUAAAAGUAUUAGUUGCCAUAACUCCCAGUGGAUUCAUAAGUUUUGUUUCCAAAUGCUAUGACAGUAAAAGCAGUGAUACAUUUAUAACAAACUACUGUGGAUUUCUAUCAAAAUUAGAACCUAAUGAUGAAGUUAUGGCAGACAAAGGAUUCCCUGGAAUUAAAGUGAAUUGUGAAAAUGUUAAAAGUGUUUUAGUUAUUCCACUCAUUCUUCAUAACAGAAGAUUCACCGAGGAAGAAGUAUUAGAAACAUAUUCUGUUGCUAGUGUGCGUAUACAUAUUGAACGGGUUUUUUCAAAACUAAAAACAUAUUCAAUUUUAAAUAAAAUUACAGUAGAUUUAUUACCAUCCAUAGAUGAAAUUAUACAUAUUUGUUAUAUACUGAUAAAUUUACAAAGUCCUAUCAUAAAGGAAUAAAAGUUAAUAAUGUUAAACUAUUAUUAAAUUAAUU